UAUAUAAGCCGGCCGAUUAGUUUUGAUUGAUCAGUGCAUGACUUUGCUUGCUGAAUAAAACUAUAUUAUUAUUAUUAUUAUUAUCGUUGUAAUCAAAAAACGCCAUCAACAUGAAUGGGAAAAUCGUCUUGUGUUUCGCGGUCGUCUUCGUUGGACAGGCCUUAUCAGCUGCAACUGGUCCCGCAAUUGAUGUCGAAGACUUAAAAAAAAUCGGUGAACAAUUCACACAAUCUGCUUUAUCUGUUUCCAAUCACAUUUUGGGACUCUACCCAAACUCUGCUGAUGCCCAAAAAUCCAUCGACAAAGUUAAGUCUUUGAUCACCAAAGGAAUUACAGACGUUGAGACCGAAGCUAAUAAAAUGAAGGACAUCGUUCGCAAAAAUGCUGACCCAAAAUUGGUUGAGAAAUACGAUGAUUUAGAAAAGGAAUUCAAAAAACAAAUCAAUGAUGCCAAAGCCAUAUUUGAUGACAAAGUCGGCAAGCCAAUCAACGAAAAGUAUGAUGUAAAGAAACUUUCCGAAUCAAUUCUCAAAUCUACCAAAGAAUUAGAAACUACCGUAAACAAAGCCAUCGACGGACUCAAGAAGCAAUGAUCAUUUUAUAAUGUCACAUGCAACUAAUCCAAUUAUUUUAUUAUGCAUUUUAUAUUUUUGUUAAUUAAAUUAUUUUUCUUUAUAUAAUCCAUUUA